CGGAAUUACGCUUGAUCACCUGAUAAACGCAAAGAUGGCUGGCCGGUUAAUGCAAGCAGCAAGAUGCCCGACAGAAGAACUGUCUCUCACCAACUGUGCGGUUGCAAGUGAGAAGGACUUCAAACCUGGACAGCACUUGAUCAUUAAAAUCACACCAACUCAGAAGUUUGUUUUCACAGUGAAAACCCACCCAAGUGUGGUCCCCGGAACCAUUGCAUUCAGUCUACCUCAGAGGAAAUGGGCUGGACUUUCUCUAAACCAGGAUGUGGAAGUCAGCGUGUACAACUUUGACCCGUCAAGACAGUAUGUGGGAACCAUGACUCUAGAGAUUGACUUCCUGCAGAAGAAGAGCAUCGACAGCAACCCUUACGACUCGGAUAAAAUGGCCAUUGAAUUUAUCCAGUUUUUCAACGCACAGGCUUUUAGCAUAAGCCAGCAGUUUGUCUUCAGCUGCUGUGAUAAGCUUUUCGGGCUGGUCAUAAAAGAUAUUGAGGCCAUGGAUCCCAGCAUCCUCAGGGGCGAGCAAAACUCUAGCAAGAAACAGAAGAUUGAGAUUGGUCUGUUGCACGGCAACAGUCAGGUGAUUUUUGAGAAAGCAGAGAACUCAUCUCUAAAUUUGAUUGGAAAAGCAAAGACCAGAGGCUCUCGCCAGUCUAUUAUCAACCCCGACUGGAACUUUGAGCGCAUGGGUAUUGGAGGCUUGGACAAGGAGUUCUCGGACAUCUUCCGCCGGGCCUUCGCCUCUCGAGUCUUUCCUCCAGACAUAGUGGAGCAGAUGGGCUGUAAACACGUGAAGGGGAUCUUGUUGUUUGGGCCGCCUGGCUGUGGUAAAACCCUGAUGGCACGUCAGAUUGGGAAGAUGCUGAAUGCCAGAGAACCCAAGGUGGUCAACGGGCCAGAGGUUCUCAACAAAUACGUAGGCGAAUCAGAAGCUAACAUCAGAAAGCUGUUUGCUGACGCAGAGGAGGAGCAGAAGAGGUUGGGGGCCAACAGCGGACUACACAUCAUCAUAUUUGACGAGAUUGAUGCCAUCUGUAAGCAACGUGGCAGCAUGGCGGGCAGCACGGGGGUCCAUGACACUGUGGUCAACCAGUUACUGUCCAAGAUUGAUGGUGUAGAGCAGCUCAACAACAUCCUGGUCAUUGGGAUGACCAACAGGCCUGACCUGAUCGAUGAAGCCCUCUUGAGGCCUGGUAGACUGGAGGUCAAAAUGGAGAUUGGCCUGCCUGACGAAGCAGGCCGCCUUCAGAUCCUGAGUAUCCACACACUGAAGAUGAGGCAGUCUAACAUGCUGGCCAAAGAUGUUGACUUAAAGGAGCUGGCCGUCGAAACCAAGAACUACAGUGGAGCAGAGCUGGAGGGGCUUGUUCGGGCCGCCCAGUCGACUGCUAUGAACUGCCACAUCAAGGCCAGUACAAAGGUAGAGGUGGACACAGAAAAGGCUCAGACUCUGCAGGUCAGCAGGAGUGACUUCUGGGCCUCUCUGAAUAAUGACAUCAAGCCUGCCUUUGGUACUAAUCAGGAGGAUUAUUGCAGUUACAUCAUGAAUGGCAUUGUCAAAUGGAGCAAUGCUGUGUCUGACAUACUGGGAGAUGGAGAACUUCUGGUACAACAGACCAAGAACAGUGAACGCACACCACUAGUAACUGUGCUCUUGGAAGGGCCUCCUCACAGUGGGAAGACCGCACUGGCGGCCAAGAUCGCAGAAGACUCCCAGUUCCCCUUCAUCAAGAUUUGCUCCCCAGACAAAAUGAUCGGCUUUUCAGAAAACGCCAAGUGUCAGGCCAUCAAGAAGAUAUUUGAGGAUGCUUACAAGUCCCAGCUGAGCUGUGUGGUGGUGGACGAUAUAGAGCGUCUGCUAGAUUUUGUUCCUAUUGGUCCACGGUUCUCUAACCUGGUGCUGCAGGCUCUGCUGGUGUUAUUGAAGAAACCUCCUCCUCGGGGUCGUAAGUUGCUGAUUCUCGGCACAACAAGCAGGAAAGAUGUUCUCCAGGAAAUGGGCAUGUUGGACACAUUCAGUACUACAAUCCACAUCCCCAACAUCUCAAGAGGAGAACAUCUCAUGGAGGCCCUGGAGCUUCUUGGGGGCUUCCAGGACAAAGAACGAGCAAUUAUCGCAAGAGAGGUGAAAGGACAAGCCGUGUGGCUGGGUAUUAAGAAGCUUCAGAUGCUUAUCGAGAUGUCACUGCAGAUGCCUCUUGAAUACAGAGUUAACAAGUUCUUGGCACUAAUGAGAGAAGAAGGAGGACUUGCGUCUAAUAAACAUGUGGCCAUAUAGUCUGGCAGUCCAGGAGAGUAACCUGACAAACCAAGGCUAUUAUGAUUUAAUAGAGUAUCCAGUUUGAAAUAAGAAGCAGUUGUAAAGGAGUCACAAUGUGUGCAGUUGAGAGACUUAAGAGAGAGCUAUCCUGUCUAAAUUAUACCAUUCUAUCCCUUGCUUUCUGCAACUGUAUAUUGUACUGCAUGUUUUCAUGGCAACUACAUGACACUGCCUCUACCCUUUUCAACACUAGUUUCUUGAUUCCUCAGUAGAAAUGAACAAGUGUCAAGUUGUCAUUUGUAUAGUACUUAGUUUUAGUGAUUUUUGAACGUGUGAGAAAUAAUACAUGCAUGUAUAUGAAGAUCUUUAAGGUGUUUAUAAUGUAUCAUAUUUAUAUGUAUAUACUGACAUGAACCAUUUCUAUCAAUGAUGCCUUACUCCUAAAAUCUUUCACAUUGCCCUUAAUGGCACAAGAAGUAGACACAGUUUGUCUACAUCUUAUGUUUGUUUCAGUACUCACUUCAGCAAUGCUGAUUCUUUCUCUGACCAAAUCUUCUGCUUGCUUUUCUCUUUGUUUUGGUUGAAUUAUUCUAUUAGAAACAGUUGUGCUUGCCAAUAAUAAUAAUGAAAGCUCAAUGUUGUGCCUUUGCAUGUGUAAGGUUUUGUUUUAUGUUUUUAUUGUUUUCUGACUAGAAGAGCGCUUGUUUUUUAAAUGAAAGGGAACUGUCCGUCCUUCUUAGGUCUCUCAGUAGUUUCCAUGUCAGGAACAUAGUGAAGGUUGUAGUCUAAGAGAUGAACAGCCUCUCAUCUUGGCCUAAUGGGAGACGGACCUAUUAUUUGUGUCGGAGGCUAACAAAGGGGGCAAGCUUUGAAAUCAUAGUGGCCUUAAGUAUUGUGCACAUGAAGUAAACCCCCUGACCUACCUCCCCUCUGCCAAUCUGCCAACAGUGCCAGGAUAGUUCACACUGGCCUUGAAAUCUCCUCUUCUUUCUCUUCUUUACAUCUCUCGCUUACACACAUACACUGUGUGUAGCCCCCUCUUUUUCUCUGAACACUUAAGAAGAGCAAUAUCGCACCAUUAUGACUUUUACUGUUAAAAUCUUACCGAAAUGUAGUUUAGAUGCAGAAUUUGACUGAUAUCAAUAUUGCUGUUCCUUCUAACUGAUCUCAGAUGGCAUGUCACACACACACACAGUACUCAUAAAAUAUAUUUUCAUUGUAAAAACAGCAUGCUAACAAUAGCAUGCUAUAUUUGUUGUGUUUGUAUGGUAUGUCUGUUUGGAAUGAAUGAUUUUUCUGAAGAGAAAUAUGUGUAGCACUUUACAAUAAGGUUUCAUUCAUGAACAUUAGUUAAUGCAUUAGGUAUCAUGAACAAACAAUGAACAAUGUAUUUUUUACAGCAUUUACUAAUCAUUCCAAAUGAUUGUUAAUAGAAAUACAAAUGUUCAUUAUUAGUUCAAAGUGCAUUGACUACUGUUAAAAAUUGAUUUUAAAAUUGUAAUAAUAUAUGUUGAUAUUAACAUUAACUAAGAUUAAUAAAUGCUGUAAAAUGAUCGUUCAUUGUUUGUUCAUGUUGUUUACUAAUAUUAACAAAUGGAACCGUAUUGUAAAGUGUUACUGAAAUAUGAAUUAUGUAUUCAACAAUUCCCCAAAUUAAAUGAAUUUAAGAUGUCAAUAAAGACUCAAUUUAGAAAGAA